AUGACGAUGGCGAUGAGAGCCAGGCAGGCCGUGCUGACAAGCGUCUAUGGCUCUCGAGGGCGAUACCUGCAGUGGAGAAGCGCUUAUGGCUUCUCCACGGGACGACGCCUGCAGACCACUACGCCGCCGUAUCAUGCGCGACUGAUGAGCUCGGACGGAAGGCGAAGCCUGUGGAAGCCGUGGAUACAGGCCAAGGAGGAGGACGAGCUACCGCAGGAGACGCUGAGGUGCUACGUGAAGACGUCGAGCGAUGCAUUCGCGUUGGAGGUAGCGCAUGUGUGCACAUGUUACCUGCAAGUGACUUGCAAUGAAGGGGGCAAGCUCACGUCCGAGAAGUUAGACCAUCUUGGCAUUCGCGUUCAACCCGACUUCUGCUCGGAGGCCCUGGCGUCCAUCGCCUUGCGUGAGGCCAGUGAGGUGCUUGCGGCACACGGGUACUCACAUCACGGGGAUGGGGGGGUGUUGGUCAUGGACGAGAAGAAGGAGGUGAAGAAGAGUCUGGAUAUUGGCAACACGCUACGGGUGACAGGAAGACAAGAGUUUCCCGAGCAGUCAGCAGCGCCAUGGGGAUACGGUGAUGAUUUCAAAGUAGAUAAAGUCCCUCCGGCUCUCAGAGCAAUCUUGGAGUCCAUCCAGGACUCUCGAGCUUUCUGCGUCGGUAAGCCGCGAGACCUGACCAUCAACCGGAGGACCAACGGCUUCUUCAAGCUCGACCCUCAUCUCGAUCCUCUGCAGGAUGGCGAAAACGUGUUCAUCCUCAACCUGCUCUCCAACUCUGUAAUCACCUUCGUCCCCCCAGGGGAGUUUCAGCGCAAGGACCCCGUGCAGAUCGCGCUCAAGUCGUGGACGGAUCAGGACGUGGACGUGCUCGUGAAGCAUCGCACCCUUGUGCUCUUCUCCGGUCUUUCGAGGAACUCUUGGCGACAUGCGAUCAGGACAGGCUUGCAGGUCGAGAUCGCCGGGGGGCAGGAGGUCUUUUGUGACUGGUGGGGGACACCCAAGAAUCUGGUUCGAAGAUCCAAUGACCGCAUUUCUUUGGUUUUUGCUUUUGGGGAAAAGACUUGCAACCAAUCUUGUGCAUGA